AUGUUCUCCUCUGCGCUCAAAUCCUUCUCUAGCACCAACAUCUCGUCCAACUAUACCGUGUCGCCGAAUCCUACAUCGACGGCCGGGCCAUGGAAGAUCUACGAUGCUAAGAAGAAGUCCACCGGCAAGGCGUACAGCGUCUUCGCCUUUGACAAGAAGACCCUGGACGCACACGGCAGCUCCGUCGGCAAGGGCAAUGCCGCGUCCUACAAGCGCAGCGUCGAGGAAGUGGUGGAACGCUUGAAGAAGGAGGCUUCGAGCUUGGCCAAGCUGCGGCAUCCCAGCAUCCUCGAGCUCGUUGAGCCGGUGGAGGAAACAAGAGGCGGCGGGUUACAAUUCGUGACAGAAGCGGUGACUGCAUCUCUCUCCAGCGUAUUACAAGAAAAGGAUGAACAAGAACGCUCUGGUGGCCCUGGCGGCCGAUCGAGUCGAUAUGUUACGGAAGAUGCCGACGGUGUGCGCAGAAGAAGAGAGAUUGAGAUUGACGAGCUGGAAAUCCAAAAGGGAUUGCUUCAAAUCAGUAAAGCAUUGGAGUUUCUGCAUGAUAACGCGGGUCUUGUCCACGGUAACUUGACGCCUGACGCAGUGCUCAUCAACGCCAAGGCAUGUCCACCUUCAACUUGGUCCGACUGGAAGAUAAGCGGACUUUCUUUCUGCAGUCCUGCAGACGGUUCGACGAAACCUACCUCGAUCCAGGGCAUUAGCCUGCAUGAAGUCCUCAACUUAGACCCUAGGCUACCCAGAUUCGUCCAGCUAAACUUGGACUAUACCUCUCCGGAUUUUGUCAUGGAUAAUAACCUGACCGCAUCUGCCGACAUGUUCUCGCUCGGAUUGCUGUCCGUUGCUCUCUAUAAUUCCCCUCAUCAGUCGCCAAUAGAGUGCCACGGGAGCCCGUCUUCGUAUAAGAGAGUCUUUUCCUCAUCUUCCACCGUUCCAACAACCACAAACAACUAUCUUUCCUCCAGACCAUUGCCCAGAGACCUAUCCAACCAUGUGCUGCCGAAGCUCAUUACUAGGAGACCUGCGCAAAGAAUGACAGCCAGAGAGUUUCAACAAAGCGAAUAUUUUGAUAAUGUCCUUGUCUCUACUAUCCGGUUUCUCGAUACCUUUCCAGCAAAGACUCCCAACGAGAAGUCGCAAUUCUUGCGCGGCCUUAAUAAAGUUUUGCCUUCUUUCCCCAAGUCUGUUCUAGAAAAGAAGCUAUUGCCAGCACUGUUGGAGGAAAUGAAGGAUAAAGAUCUCCUCUCUCUGAUUCUGCAGAAUGUCUUCAAGAUACUUACUCUGCUGCCCGCAGCUCGAAGGGCGUUCAGCGAAAGGGUACGACCAGCCUUGAAGAGUGUGUUUGUAGAAAACGCAAAGCAGAGCCAGGAGAAAGAUCCAGCCCGGGAUGCGGGCUUAAUGGUCUUUUUAGAGAAUAUUGCAGUGAUAGCUGACAACAGUAAUGGCGGGGAGUUCAAAGACGAUGUCUUACCCGUUAUCAUUGCUGCCAUAGAAUGCCCCACGCCUUCGAUCGUGGAUGCGGCACUGAGGAGCUUUGCUGUUGUGCUGCCUGUUCUGGACUUUAGCACAAUCAAGAACGAACUAUUCCCCGUAGUCGCCGUUGUCUUUAGUCGAACAAACAGUCUCGCCAUCAAAGUCCGCGGUCUUCAAGCUUUCGUCGUCCUCUGCGGCGGGGCUAAUGAAUCCAGUGUAGAUGACGGCGGUCUUAGUGGGCUGGAAGGAAGCAAGAAAACUUCUUCAUCCAGCGCACUCGACAAAUACACCAUGCAAGAAAAGAUUGUUCCCUUGGUCAAGGGCAUUAAAACCAAGGAACCCGCCGUCAUGAUGGCAGCUCGGGAUCUGAUGUACGUGGUCGGGCAAACAGCCGACGCUGAGUUUGUGGCCAUGGAUAUUUUGCCAAUCCUUUGGAAUAUGAGCUUAGGACCGCUGCUUAACCUCAAACAAUUCCAAUCAUUCAUGGAUCUCAUCAAGACUUUGUCACGCAAGGUCGAGGAUGAACAAACGAAAAAACUACAAGAGCUAUCAGGGUCGACCAACGGAUCAACAGCUGCCGCCAACGAAGACUUUAUGGCCUUCGGCGGCUUGACAGGAACUGCUUUCGAUGCUACUAAUGGCGGUAACGAGGAUGAUUUUGAAGCGCUGGUGAAGGGUACAGCUGGCGGUUCUACCGGCGCUGCAAGGGCGCCAAGCUGGGACGACGCACCGAAUGCCGCUGCCUCUGUUAGUCGAUCGUCAACGGCCACGCCGCAGACACCAUCCUUUUCCUGGUCGACUCCGCGUGCCAUGAGUCCUCCCGCGAAGCAACCAAGCACCCUGAAAAGCCAGCAGUCUUCUUUCCGAACAGUCACCCCCGAUCUAAACCGCUUUGAAGUCAUGACUCCAAGCUCAACUCAGUUCAGCCAACCCCUGCAACCAACAAUGCAGUCGAGUUUCCAGCAAGCACCAGCGCAGUCUACGGCAUCUGCACCAAGCUUCAACUGGUCGUCUUCCACUACAUCCACUAAUACGAGCUUUUCACCGCCUCCCUUGACACCAAACUACUCCUCUACAAUGUCCAACUCGAGUGCUACUACAUACGGCACAGGCGUGGCGACCUCCAUGUCCAACAUGUCACUAAACUCGCUCAACUCCCAGAGACCCGCAAUGGGUGAUUCCCGCGGCUCAUCCUUCUCGCUAGCCCCACCACCAGGCAGCAGCUCCGGGAUAUCAGGAUUCAGUCUUGCACCCCUUCCGGCAGCGUCUCAGAAUGUAUGGAGCUCAGCAGGCUCCGGCAGCUCGCUGUCUCAACAGCAGAAACCAAUGGGCUUUGGAGGAAUUAGUAAUAACAGCCCGAUGGGUGGCAGCUCCUUCACGUCGCAGCCGCCCCAGCAGCAGCAGCAACAGCAGAAGUCUGGCUUGGAUAAGUAUGAAAGUCUGAUUUAG